CUCCUUCCUCCCUCCCAUCGGCCUCGGCUUGCGGGCCUUUCAAACAUGGAGGAGCGCGAGUGGGGGGCGAGGUCGGCUCGUGCCGGCAGCCCAGCCAGCCCAACCAGCCCGCGGCUGGACGUCAGCUCCUACAGCUUCGACCCACUGCUGGCCCUGUACGCGCCGCACCUGCCGCCCAUCCCCUACCCCAACGCGCCCUGCUUCAACAACGUGGCGGAGUACGAGAGCUUCCUGAAGGGCGGGCGCACCGGGCGCGGCCGGGCGCGGGGCACGGGCGAGCCUGCCUCGGCGGGAACCUCCACCGGAACCACCGGAACCUCCGUGGGAACCGGGACCUCCUCUAAGGCCCGUCGCCGCGCCGCGCCCACCCCGGAUCCGGAGCGCAUCCAGCGCCUGCGCCGUCUCAUGGUGGUCAAAGAGGACCCGGACGGCGCGGCCGGGGCGCGACGCCAGGCACAGGGGCGCAGCAAGAAGGCGCCCCGUAACGUGCUCACGCGGAUGCCCUUACACGAAGGCAGCCCUCUGGGUGAGCUCCACCGCUGUAUCCGGGAGGGGGUGAAGGUGAACGUUCACAUCCGCACUUUCAAGGGACUUCGCGGCGUCUGCACAGGCUUCCUCGUGGCAUUUGACAAGUUCUGGAAUAUGGCCCUCACGGAUGUGGAUGAGACCUACCGUAAACCUGUCUUAGGCAAAGCAUACGAACGGGAUUCUUCGCUGACUCUCACUAGGCUGUUUGAUCGGCUGAAACUUCAAGAUUCCUCCAAAAAGGAAGCUGAUUCCAAGUCUGCAGUGGAAGACUCUACCCUGUCUAGAUACUCCCAGACAUCCACUUGGAAGGUGGCUUCGGUGUGGGGACGAGGAGACACCGAUCGGGGCUCACACAAGCGCUCCCGCUCCGUCCCUUCUUCCCUGCAAGCAUCUGCAAGGGAGGAGUCCAGGUCCGAGCUGUCAGGGAGGACUACGCGGACAGAAGGGUCCAGUGCGGGAGGUACUUUCUCUAGGGCCACCACCCUUUCACGAGGCCAGUCCCGUAAGAAAAAGCGAAAGCCCAAGGUGGACUACCAGCAGGUAUUCACGCGACACAUAAAUCAGAUUUUCAUUCGAGGCGAGAAUGUCCUGCUGGUGCAUCUUGCGCAGUGAGCAUCUCAGCCCCACUUGGCCUCUGGGUCCUAGAAAUAAAGUGCAUGAACUGUUUCCUAUGCUAUAUCCUAGUAUCCCAAACAAAGUGUGAGUCACAGUGAUUCCCACUGGUCCUGCCCGUGCAGAGGACAGAGCUGGCUCACCCUCUGGAAGCCCAGCUGAGGGAGGGACAGGUCAGCCAUAGUAACCAGGCAAAAGCCAUUCACAGUCCAUGCAUCUGAUGCGCCACAGAAACUAAGAAGUGUCUGAGAAAGAGUGAGUCUGUUUCUGAAAGCUGGUGCUCUGAGCACCGAGAGUCUGAUUGAGCUCAUGAUCGUGUUUGAGCCUUAUACCCAUCUCUUGGAACUGACCUUUGCUCUACAUCCUUCUCUCUUGAUCAAGAAGUGACAUUUCUUAUCCUUGACUAUCAGUAAAGUCUAGGAAAGUUACCAGCUUAUGCAGGAGUGUGGCGUGAAGCUCAGCCUGCCUUGACCCCCUCUUCCCACGGGAAGGAAUGCAGCAGGCGCUUGCCAGUCUUCCCCUCACCAGAGGUGGCCUCUGCACAUGGCGUACCAGAUGGGACUGUACCGUGCUCGUGGUGGCUUGCUGUCCUCUCCGACUCCUGUGGCAUGGUGCUAGUGCAUGUACUUUGUGGUGUCACGCCAUGUGUUGUGUGUGAACUGUCCUGAUGUGACCUUCCUGUCUGGAGUCAGAGAGGUCUGCAUGAACUCAGUACUACACAUGUAUCACGUGGUGGCUGAGCGUCCCCUUUCCAGGCGGGCUGGCCCUGUGUGGAGCGCCUCUCGGGAUGGUGUUACUGUGAAAGAGGGGUCCUAUUUUCAUUCCCUGUGUCAAGCCAGCGAGGUUCUUAGAAAGUAGAUUGGGUGUGUCCUAAGGACACUUGACUCCCAUGUAAGCUGGAGUGACAGGAACACCAAAGGACCCAGGGAAGCUCCUACUUGAAUUUUAUCACCAUAUGCUUUUCAUUCACAAGUACAGAAUGGGCCUCAUUUUGACAUAGACUGUUAGCAAUAUUGAUUUACAAAAGUUUGUUUAUACUUGCUGUAUCUUAGAUAACUUAUGUUCAAAGGAAGACUAAGAAUUGCUAAUUAGUCCAGAUGUAUGUGUGACUAGAACAUUUCCCCUGCUGGGUUU